AUGGCACAGCAGCCCGGUGACUCCGUCAUCAGCCUCGAGUACCGCGGACGCGUCGCCGUCAUCACCAUCGACAACGACAGCAAGCUCAACGCCCUCACCCAGCCGCAGUACUACGACCUGGCCCGCAAGCUGCACCUGGUCUCGACGCGCGACGACGUCUUUGUCACCGUCAUCCUGGCAAAGGGCCGCUACUUUUCCGCCGGUGCCGACGUCAGCAUCUCCCGAGCCGCCUCCGACUCCCCCGACGACUCCCACCGCCUCUGGCUCACCACCUUCGCCGCCUUCAACCUCAACAUCACCCAUGCCUUUGCCACUCACCCAAAGAUCCUCGUCGUCGGCCUCAACGGCCCCGUUAUCGGCCUCUCCGCCGCCCUCAUCUCCUUUGCCGACUUCAUCUACGCCGUGCCCCACGCCUUCCUGCUUACCCCCUUCUCCUCCAUCGGCCUCGUCGCAGAGGGCGGCGCCUCGCGCGCAAUGGUCCACCGCCUCGGCCCCGCAAGGGCAAACGAGGCCCUCAUCAUGAGCAAACGCCUCACUGCCCGCGAGCUCGAGACCUGCGGCUUCGUCAACCAGAUUUUCCCCUUUGACAAGGGCGACGAUGCCGCCUUCAGGGCCAAGGUCUUGCACGAGGUCGACGAGAGGCUGGGCGACCAUCUUAAUGGUGAGAGCAUGCUGGGCAUCAAGAAGCUUAUCCGGGGCCCGGAAAUGAACCUCAUUCACUCGCAAAACGUCCACGAGGUCUUUGCCGGCAUCGACCGCUUCGUCAAGGGCAUCCCCCAGGAAGAAUUCCGCAAGCUCGCCAGCGGCGAGAAGAGACAUAAGCUGUGA